CAAUUCCUUCUUUAAAAAAAGCGAACCAAGCGAAUAAAUACGAUGAUUUCCGUCGAGAGUGGGUGCGUCAGCGCCGAGCCCGCAUGGACUGGCAAGCCAUAAUCAAUCCAUGUCAUGACAAUAUGGCCUGGGGAAAAGUGAAGGCCGGCUGGGAAAAACCUAACAGAACCAAUGCCUCUACGAGUGAGAUAAUAUUUCAGGACAUCAGGCCUGCGGGAGAGUAUAGUAAGAUUUUCAUCCAAUCAAAAACGUCGGAUAAUAUAACGAAAGUCAUUGGUGGAGACUUUUGGAGGGUCUACGUACGUGGUCCAGCAAACAUUGCGGCGACUCUUUUUGAUCACAAUAAUGGAACUUAUGAAGCUCUGUUUCUUAUCAUGGAACCUGGUAUCUAUCAGCUGUUAAUUUAUCUGGAUUAUAGUCUGUGCGAUGGAUUCAAGGAUCCACCACGUGACUGGUUUAUUAAGGGCAAUGCUCAAGGGAAAUUUCAGCGGGAGGGUCUUCUAGGCCCUCUGGAUGAUUACUUGUUCCAGCCCCUUCAGAGCGGAAGGCCUUUGGAGAUAAACGUAACAAAGGCAGAGACGAACUUUUCAUUAGAUGACAAACUUCAUUCUCUAGAGUCGUGCUCUUCGGCAUGUAAUAACUUGUGGGAUGGAUUUGGUCGGUGGAAGAAUAACAAAUGGCGGCCAUACCUUGAAGAAUCAUACAACUGGUCUCUACCAGCAAAUUACAGCUCUUCUGGAACUCUUUGGGUGUAUGGUGAUUCAUUGGCGGUUCGUCUGUAUCUUUCAGUCAGCUCUCGAGCCCUAUGUAGAAAGCUCUACUUAAAAUGCAAACACAGUUAUAACUGGCUCUAUCCAAUAAUUAACGAGCAACAGAGCAAGACGAAAAACGAUAACCUCGACUUCCGUGCUGGGGAGGUUUUGAAAGCCAUUCGAAACGUUCUUAAUACGAAUGAAUUACAGCAGCCUUCCAGUGUAUUACUUUUAAACCUUGGACUUCACUAUACUACCAACAUCAAUUUUACAACUUUCCAGAAGCUCAUCGGAGAAGUAAUAAAUUUGUUGAAAGAGACACAAGUUGACUUACAAGGCAAAGAAGUUCCAAAGUAUAAGGCCAAGAUCAUUUGGAAAUCAACUACAGCUUUGUGUAAGCACAAUGGAGCGAUACUCAACCCAACAAAUAAUAGAUUCCUUACACCGCAGCGAGUUCUUCUAUUCAGCGCCUACGCCAUGUCAGCCAUGUGUCAAGCGAGUUUUGACGUCAUAGACGUAUACCCAAUGACAGAUUCGUAUCCGGGGGGUACUUUGGCAAAUGACGUCGUUCACUAUCCAAACAAAGUGUUUAAUACCUUAGAAACGCUUUUAGAGAAUUACAAGGCUAACAGAAAUCAAAGAAUAGGAACAGAUGAUAGCAAGAGAAGAAUUGGGAGAUGUACCAGCUGAC